UUUUUCAGAAAAAGAUGACAGCAAAACGUGGCAGACAUUUAAUCCGCGCAAUUUUAUUUAUUGUCCGGUUAAGAAGGGAUGUACAAAGCGCUCAUAGACGGAGAACUACCAGAAGAAGAAUGGGAGCAUUAGCAAAAACGGCUGCAUUGUUGAGGCAAAACAGUGGUGGUGGGGGUUGUUCUCCUAAUAAAAUGAAAGACCGUCCUCCUUUAACGAGGUGA